AUGCCUCCAAGGAAGAAAUGGCCGUUGAAACUUUAUUUAUCGGCUGUAGAGGAAUCAAUUGGUAUCAUGCUUGCUCAGAAUAAUGAACUUGGAAUGGAACAUGUUGUUUACUAUUUAAGAGUACUAACUGAUGUUGAAUGCAUAUAUUCUUCAAUUGAGAAGCUUUGUUUAUCUUUGUAUUAUUCAGCCAUGAAAUUAAAGGUAUAUAUGCGGCCGGUUGAUGUCUACAGUCUUUGUCAAACUAUUAUGAUUAAAUAUAUGCUAUCAAGGCCAUUGAUUACUGGCCGAAUAGGUAAGUGGGCAUUUGCCUGGAUGGAAUUCAAUUUUAUUUUUGUCCCACAAAAAUCAGUUAAAAGAAGGGUUCUGGCUGAUUUCUUGGCCGAUCAUCCUUCAACUGAUAUUGAUCCACAGGUUUAUGAUGAAUUAGAGUGCUUAGCCAUAUUCCUAACCCCUUGGAUAUUGAUGUUCGAUGGAUUAAGCAUGGCCGAUAGAGCGGGGGCAGGAAUUGUUAUCAUUUCACCAGCUGGAAGAAAGACUUUAUUUUCAUUUUUCUUAGAUUUGAAAUGUUCAAAUAAUCAGGCUGAGUAUGAAGCACUUAUAAUCAGCCUACAAAUUUUAAUUGAAAUGGCUGUUAGUGAUGUAAAAAUCUUGGGAGGUUCAAACUUGGUACUUAGUCAAAUUACUGAAGAUUUCAAAUACUUAAGUUAG